AUUCUUUGCAACGAUGUUACUACUCGAAGGAUACCACGAUGUCCUAUACGCAGGACACUUCGGUAGCAACAAGACACUCACCGGUAUUGCAAAGCACUACUACUGGCCCCACAUGGCAGCCGACGUCCAACAAUUCGUCACCUCGUGUGCAACAUGUCAGCGGAUGAAGAGCAGCAAGCAGAAAAAAACAGGACUACUACAGCCUCUUCCUGUCCCAGAACAGCCAUGGCAAGUGGUUAGCCUGGAUUUCAUCACCGGGUUACUAGCUACUACUAGCGGACAUGACACAAUCCUCGUGGUCAUCGACAAAUUCUCCAAAAUGGGACACUUUAUCCCGACACACACGACAGCACGCACCGAAGAAACAUCACAACUAUUCGUUCGCUACAUCAUAUCACAACAUGGCAUUCCAACCACACUCAUCUCCGACCGAGACCCCAAGUUCACCAGCAAGUUCUGGAAGGAACUAAUGUCUCUGCUCGGGACCAAACUAGCCAUGUCAUCUGCCUACCAUCCACAGACAGAUGGACAGACCGAGCGACUCAACCAAAUUGUGGAGCAACUCCUCCGCGCAGCAUCCAAAGACGAAAUCUCUAAAUGGGACUUGCAUCUGCCCACCCUGGAGUUUGCCUGCAACAACGCAACUCACGCCGCUACUAGACAGACGCCGUUCUUCCUCUUCUACGGACGGCACCCGCUCAUGCCACAAAAACCGACAGCAUCAGCUACAGUCUUGUAGUUGCACAUAGCUCCACUACCCUUCC